UCUCUCUCUCUCUCUCUCUCUCUCUCUCUCUCUGCAGAUCUUCCCUCAGUGUCUCUCCUCCAGAAGUCUCCCUCCUCUCCAGUCAGCUGCCACGCUACAGGUUUCUACCCUGACAGAGCCAUGAUGUUCUGGAGGAAAGAUGGAGAGGAGCUUCAUGAGGACGUGGACCUCGGAGAGAUCCUCCCCAACCACGAUGGAUCCUUCCAGAUGAGUGUUGACCUGGACCUUUCAUCAGUCCCAGCUGAAGACUGGAGGAGGUACGACUGUGUGUUUCAUCUCUCUGGUGUGGAGGACGACAUCGUCACCAAACUGGACAAAGCAGAGAUCAGGACCAACAGAGAGAAGCCCAGUCACAUGAUCGUCCCCAUCACUGCUGCAGUGGUUGUUCUUGUUCUCGUCCUCAUCGCUGCCACUGGAUUCAUUGUUUACAAAAGGAAUAAAGAACAGAGACCCUCCCUCCUCGGAGAAAACACACAGAAUACAGAACAGAACCAGCUCGGUCCUCAGACACGUCUUUAUCAAAACAAGAUGAAGAAGUUCCUGUUGUUACUUCUCUUCUGUCACGUCUCAUCUCCAGUGAAACACUCACUGAAGUUUUUCUUCACUGCAUCUUCUGGAGUCCCAAACUUGUCAGAGCUUGAGGGUACUGCAGUGCUGGAUGGACUUCUGGUGUUUUACUGCGACAGCAACAAAAAAAUACUAGAACCAAGACAGGACUGGAUGAAAACAUUUUUAGAAAACAACCCUCAGCAUUGGGAAAUGUUAACUGAACAGUGUUUUGAGAAGCUGCCUAACUACUACAAAGCCUGGAUGAAUGACAUGAAGCAGAGCUUCAACCAAACUGGAGGUGUCCACAUUCUCCAGAGGAUGUGUGGCUGUGAGUGGGACGAUGAGACUGGAGAACCUCUGACUUUUCAGCUUACGCCAUCAUCAGGUCAAAUCCUUCUGUUUAUCCAGCUAUUUGAUUUAUGACCAAAUACCUGCAAA